AUGGAGCUUAACAGAGGGCAGAACAUUCUCGGUGCUUUAAUCUCAUUUUAACUGUUCGUUUUGAUGUGCAAAUAAUUUUUUUUGCUUUUCAGUUCAUAAAAUCAGCUGCGUCCCUCUGAUUACAGCUGAAGUUCAAAUAUUUGGAGGCGAAGUAUAUAAGACGGUGUUUGUACUGUGCUUCAAGUAGGAGGAAAAAAAUUCAACAGGAGUGGAAGCUGGAAGAAGGUGGAAUUUUUACAGUAUGAUCAACUCGACGGGUCAGAUCGGCCUUGCGGCCGAGGCUGCGGUCAUUGAUGACCAGAUGUAUGAUGAUGAAAUGUGCUAUUACAUUGUAAGUAACGGGUUAUAAGGCUCGUAUCUAUCUUCAAAAAUUGCCUUAUAUUCUCAAGUUCAGGAAGACGUGAAGUUUGAUCGCAUCAUUUAUUUUACUCUCCAAUUUUUACACUUCCUUUUCAGGGCACCGACUUCCUCCACGUUAAGAUCUACCUCAUUGGCGUUUUUGCCGUUGUCAUUGCCAUCUUCUCCCUGUUGUUCAACACGUUCUUCACGUUCGUUUUCCUCACCAACUCCAACCUCCGUCGAUCGCCUUUGUAUUACUUCGGCGUUCUCGCCAUGCUGGACGCCAUUCUUGCCCUGAAUUAUUUGGCGCUGAUGGUAGUGCCGGUCUAUAUGGAUCAGUUCAAAUGUUUGUGGCUGUACCAUCUGUUUCUCGGGUAUUUGCGACCAAUGAUGACCAUUAGCAACAGCGCCAUGUUCGCGUCGAUUUUGAUGAUUUUGUGUGCGACAAUGGAGAGGCUGUUGGCCACGUUUCAUCCGUCCAAUAAGUUGGAGGUGGUUAGAAAGUGAGUAUCAACGAUUUUUGUCGCCGAAAAAGACUACACGAAAUACGGGGAACGGCUACAACAAAAAAUCCCUUCGGGCUAUAUCUUCACUUAUAUCGUGCUGAGAAAAUUGGGUUUACGUGAAACCUUUGUACUCUCUGGAAGAAAUAUUAAUAACAGCCUGUCGAGAAAAUAAUGGGGCAAUGUCGCUGCACCAGUCAUGUCGCUGAAGUGGAAAGAAACUUGAUUUUGUCGCGAAAUAAUUCAUUUUUCUUGGCGGAUUUUUGAUCAGCCUUACAAGAAAUAACAAUAAAAUUUUUUGCCUAGCUUACGGGCAUUUACCCAUAAAAUUUUUAAAAAAUAACUUUUCUUUUACGUUUAAUUUCAUCUAUUUUCAGAUUUAUGGAAUCAAACAGGCCUCGUCUCUGUUUCGCGGCGGUGUUUGGCGCAGUUCUCUACAAACUCUGCACGUAUUUUGAAAUUCAGUAUGUAGAGCACGAGAACUGCACCGACUGGAGUCGAUAUGAAAUCAUGCCGACCACAAUUGUCAUGGAGAGUUACAAUUAUAGGUAAGGGAGGAUUAGGCUUUUUUGGCUUUGAUUGUUUUCUAUUAUCAAGUAAAAACUGUAGAAGACUAAAAGACGGAGGCGUUACUCUUGUUUUUGUCAAUUUUGAAAAAGCUCUUUGAAUUAAAUUUCCAAAAUUACUCUUAUCAUGUUGAAAAUACAACAACUGUUUUCAGGUUUUGGUGGAUGUUCGUGGCCAGAAACCUAAUUGAUCGAGUCAUUCCGUUUUUUGGCCUGCUCUUCAUGAACUGCAUGAUAAUCAGGACGAUAAAGAAUGAAAACAAAAAACUCUCCGUUCUGGAGCAACGGGCAAUGUCGAUCAACGAGAAGGCGACGAAACGCAAUUUGAGGGUGGGUAAAAUCUAUUAGAAAUCUCGUUUUCUGUUUAAACAAAAAAAUGCAUGUCAUAUUUUGCAUAUUUUUUAUUGCUUUAGGAUGCGACUCGAGCUCUAAUAGCUGUAGUCUCACUGUAUAUUACUGCUCAAUUUCUACAAGUGAUCAUUACUUUCUGGGAGGCGUUUCAUCGACAGUCAUUGGAGGAGGACUUUCAGGAGUUUUAUUCGUAUAUGAAUGACAUUAUGAGCAUCAUGGCGCUGCUUUGCAGGUAAGAUUUUUUAGUUUAAAUUGACGUUUCUGCAUGUAAAUUUUUUGAAUUUUAUUAAAUGCUUUUUCAAAACGCGUUAUGCAGAAACUGGAAGUUCUUAAAAUUAGAACUAAAAAUGCCAUUUUGAAUUGAUUUUGUAUCGCCAGAAAGGAAAAAUUUGUGAUUUCUAGAUUUGACAUUUCGUCUAUAUAGUAUUGAUUUCUUGAAGACAUCCAAAAAGCGCUUAUUUUUAUAACUGAUUUUUUUUCUUUUAACGCCGCAUUUUAAAAUUUUUUCAGCGCCAUUCGAUAUCCCGUAUAUUGCUCUUGCAAUCGGCCGAUUUUCGAGGCUUCCAUGGACACCCUCGAAAGUCUGGGAACUCUGUUCACAAAUCGAGCCAAAGCUUUGAAACAAGUCAAAACCGUGGCCGUUCCCUCGGACUUUGGGAUGAAAAUGGACAACGGAGAGAAGAUUGGUUGCCUGAAUGGGCAAACGAAUCAGCUGUCGCCGGCUGACGAGGCGUUUAUUGUUAAUGUCUAUUUAGACGAUGCUGAUGAGCAGUGGAUGGUUUAG